GUUUGGAUCCAGCAACCUGCAGAGUGAAGCAAGACUGAAGAGGAGAGAAAAGCAUCUGACGGCUGCUAGAGACCACCUGUUAGUCCGACUGCCGAGAUGGUUGUGAUGCUGAAGCUGUGGACGGUGCUCAUGGCCACCAUGCUUUGUGUGCUGGUCUGUCUGGGAGCACUGGCAGAUGCCUACCCCCCAAAACCAGAAAAUCCUGGUGAGGACGCCCCGCCUGAAGAGCUGGCCAAGUACUACACCGCGCUGAGACACUACAUCAACCUGAUCACCAGGCAGAGGUAUGGGAAGCGCUCGGCUCAGGAGGAUGUGGUUGCAGAUCUGCUGUUUGGUGGCGACAGCAGCAGAGAUCAGAGACCAAGCAGACAUGAUGACUUCUACAUGUGGUGACUCUGCAGCUCUUCUGCCUCCUCGUCCAGCAUUCUGUCUGGGAAUCAUCCCAGAAUGCUCCUGGAGGGACCAACGCCCUGAUUUCCCCCUCUUGAAGCCAACAUAAUAACCUUCACUGACUGCAACACUAAGAUGCCCUAGCCUCUCAAGUCUAACAACUCUGACAUUACAACAAAGCUGCAUAGAAUGUGUUGUUGAAGUGUAACCACGUAAGAGCAGAGUAAUCAGUCUAUGAAAUGAUGUCUUGGUGUCUUUAACGUCUUUCUACUGUCAUCGCUGUUUGAAGGAGGAACUCCUGUUUCAUUGCUGUUUCUGUAAAAUCAGAACACACAAAUAAAACUGUUUUCUGUGAGAUUAAA